AGCCCGGCCCGGGCGUUCCCGCUCUCCGCGGUAGCCGGCCGUGACCGGAAACCCGUGUGGAGCCGCGGGCCGAGACCGGAAGUAGAAGCACGGGGAGGCGCCGUGGGGGCUGCCGUGGGUGGCCUGGCUCACAGCGUGCGCCCGGUCUCCUCGCGGUGGGACGGCGUUCAGGUGACAAGAAAAGCAUCUCUAGAGCUCAGGUGUGAGUUGAAACCAGCCUCAAGACUCACCUUUCCUCACUGAAGAUUUCUGUCAGCUCAGUGACUAUGACUAUUCCUAACUACAAAUUGGGUCCCUGGUGGGGAGAAAGGAGCCAUCCUCCACCUGCAGCAGAGUGCAUUGUGGGAGUAAGAGGACAAGCACCCUGGCUCUCCCACUGCCCUGUUCAGGAAAAUUUACUGGCUGAAUCGUAAGAGCCUGACCAUGGUUCUAUUCCCCACCUGUGGUAAGUCGUGGAGUCCUGGCAGUUUUGAGUCCAGGUGUUAAAGGCCUCUGUACCACAGAGCAGGAGGUGGCUGAGCAGUUUCCUCAUCUGUGAAAUGGGAAUAAUAUCUUCCUCAAGUGCAGUACAACUCUUGAGCCCUGUUUUCUGGCCCUGUUCAGUCUCUCCUGUACCCAACAUCUCAAAAAGAAUGCACAGAGGAGGAAGAAUUUGUUAAUGGCUUCCUGACAAGCUGGUUACCAGACAUGGUGACCUUUGAGGAUGUGGCCGUGGAGUUUACCCAAGAAGAGUGGGCAUUGCUGGGCCCUUCUCAAAAAACACUAUACAAAGAUGUGAUGCUGGAGAACUGCAGGAACCUGGCAUCGCUUGGGUAUCAUGUUGAUAAAGUCAGCCUAAUCUCUCAGUUGGAGCAAGAAGACAAGGUGAUGACAGAGGGGAGACGAAUUCUCCCAAGCAUUUGUCCAGAUUUGGAGACUAUACUUAAAGCCAAAUGGUUAACCCCUAAGAAGCAUAUUUUUAGGAAAAAGCAUUCUAAUGAUGUAAAAGCGGAAAGAAAUCAUGUUGGAAUGAAACUUAAUGAAUGUAAUCAGUGUUUUAAAGUCUUCAGCACAAAAUCUAACCUUACUCAGCACAAGAGAAUUCAUACUGGAGAAAAACCCUAUGACUGUAAUCAAUGUGGAAAAUCCUUCAGCAGUAGAUCUUAUCUUACUAUUCAUAAGAGAAUACAUAAUGGGGAGAAACCCUAUGAAUGCAAUGACUGUGGGAAAGCCUUCAAUGAUCCCUCAUCUCUCAGACUGCAUGUAAGAAUUCACACUGGAGAAAAACCUUAUGAAUGUAACCAGUGUUUUCAUGUUUUCCGUACUAGUUGUAACCUCAAAAGCCACAAGAGAAUUCAUACGAGAGAAAAUCAUCAUGAAUGUAAUCAGUGUGGAAAGGCCUUCAGCACGAGGUCCUCCCUUACUGGGCACAAUAGCAUUCAUACAGGGGAGAAACCUUAUGAGUGCCGUGAUUGUGGGAAAACCUUUAGGAAGAGCUCGUAUCUGACACAGCAUAUGAGAACUCAUACUGGAGAAAAACCCUAUAUGUGUAAUCAGUGUGGCAAAUCCUUCAGCAGUAGCUUUUCUCUUACUGUGCACAAGAGAAUUCAUACUGGGGAGAAACCCUAUGAAUGCAGUAACUGUGGGAAAGCUUUUAAUAAUCUCUCAGCUGUUAAGAAGCAUGUGAGAACUCACACUGGAGAAAAACCCUAUGAAUGUAAUCAUUGUGGAAAAUCUUUCACCACUAACUCUUACCUUUCUGUGCAUAAGAGAAUACAUAAUAGGUGGAUUUGAAUACAGUAACUGGGAUAGCAUUCAUUGAUUUCUUAUCCCUCAGACAACUUCCUGUAAUUCAUGCUAGGUGUAUGAGUUACCUGUUGCUGCAUAACAAAUUUCUCUAAAACAUAGUGGCUUCAAAUAACAUUUAUUAUCUCACAAUUUCUGUAGGUCAGAAGUUCAUAAAUGGCUUAAUUUUGUAGUUUUGGCUCAGGAUCUCUCAUGAGGGCACAGUCAAGAUUGUCAGCAGGAGCUACAGUCAUUUGCAUUUUUACUGCUGAAGACUGCUUUCAAAAUGGCUCACUCACAUGCCUGGAAAGUUAGUGCUGGAUGUUGGCAGGGAAUCUUAAUUUCUUCAUCAUGUAGGACUCUCCAUGGGCCUAAAUAUCUUUAUGAUGUAGCAGUAGGUUCCAUCCAAAGGAUUUGAUCUAAGGGAGAGCAAAUGCCAAAGCCAUGUUGUUUUUUAUAACUAGCCUUGGAAGGACAUAUCACUUCCAUAUUGUAUUGGACACACAGACUGAUCCUGAUAGUGUGGAAGUAGACUACACAAGUAGUAUAUACCAGAGGAGUGAGAUCCACAGGAACCACCUCAGAAGCUUGUCACGAAGUCAGUGAAGAAAGGCCUUCAGCCUUUCAAUCUAUUUGAUAUGAAGUAUCAUUCAGCAACUCUCAUGUUAAUUCACUCUGGAGAAAAACCUCAUGAGUGCAGUCUUUGUGGUAAGCUUCCAUCUCAAACUCACCUUAAUGUGCACAGAAGGUGAUGUACUGGGGAGAAACCCAAGGAAUGUGGUAGGUCUAGGAAGGCCUUCAGCGAUACCUCUGUGGAGUCAUGUGACAAUUCAUACUAAGAGUAAAACCUUAUAAAUAUCAGAAUGCAGAAAACUUCAGGAACACUCAUCCCUUAGAAUACAUGUGAGAAAUCACUACAGAGAAACACUCAUAUAACGAAUGUGAAAACCCUACAGCACAAACAUUCAUAUUACUGAGCAAAAGAUAGAUAUUCUGAAUGCAAUGGGAAAGCCUUGAUGUUCUCUCAGUUUUUGAGAGAGAUGAGGAUUUAUUCUGGGGAGAAAGUCCUAUUAACUAUCAUCAGUACUAGAAAAUCUUCCUUUUUCCCAUUCUUAGGAAACUCAGAACUCACUGCAAAGAAUCCUAUGAAUAUAAAGAUUGAGGGAAUGCCUUUAAUGAUACCUUUUACAUUAGGAAAAAUGCAAAAUUCUCCCUGGAUGCGAAACUUGUUAGUGUAAUAAUUUUGGAAGAUUUUUCUAUGAUUCUUGUCUUUGUUGACUUGUGAGAACUCACACUAGAGGGAGACCCUAGGAAUAUAAUCAACACAAGGAUGCCUCAGCCUCACCUCUUCACUGAAUAGCCACAAAAUAAUUUAAACUGAGAAUGGAAACUGUAAACCUUAUGAAUGUGGCAUAUUACCUUUAACAGUGUCUAAUCCUUAGGUUGAUCCAUUAGCUCAUUAAUUUUCAGUUGUUUUGUUUUAGUAUAAACAUUUACGUCUAUAGCUAUACCCUAAAAUAAACCUGAUGUUAUGUUCCAUAAUUUGGUAAGUAAUAUGUUUAUCAUUUACUCUUUUAAAAUAUCAAUACAUGACAAAGGUAUUUCUGAAUAUCCCCUAAGUAACUUAGUUUAUCAUAAUGAAACUAACACUAUAUGUGCUGUAUACUUUUAAUUUAAUGGCAUUUUUGUCAAGUAAGUGGACUUUAUGAUGUUCUUUGUUAUCUUUAUAUCCUAGUAUGGCAGUUACUUUUUGCUUCUUCCACAAUGCCCAUUCUCCCCUACUUAUUCACUUAAAGAAAAAAACAUUUUGUUCAAAUUGUACAAAUUGAGUAUUGAAAAUACUCAAUAUGUAAAGCUUCCCUGAAGCCCAGAGAUGUGUUGACCUGCUAUGUUGGCCAUAAGAAGUAGAUAGAAGUCAUUGGGGGGAACAUCAUCUGGCUUGUUCACCUUACCUAUAUUCUAUUCAUCUUAACUAUUUUUGCUCUUGAAUGUGGGCUCAAUUGGAAGAGCUAUAUUUUUAUUAUGAUGACAGAAAAAAAAAUUCUCAAUGAUGUGGGCUCCCCAGAAGAUUCUGGUUGGCUGUAUCAACUCUGGAUUACUUAUUCUUAGGCUUCUCCUUACAUGAUUAAAAGUAACCUCUGAGUGGUUGGAGCUAAA